AUGGCACAGAGAAUCAGUGAUUUGUCUGAUGAGUUGCUGAUCAAGAUAAUAUCGUUUCUUCCGACAAAAGUUGCUGUCUCCACAAGCAUUUUGUCGAAACAAUGGCAGUUUCUUUGGAUGUGGUUGCCUAAACUCGAGUUCGACGACUACUCAAUAAUCGAUGAUCCUGACUCUAUCUUGAGGUUUCGGGAUUUUAUCAACAAGAAUCUGCCGUUACAUAAAUCUGCCGUUAUCGAAAGCUUGCUCCUCAGGUUUUGUCAAAGUACAUUACAGCCUGAGAAUAUCAAGCUUUGGGUUGGGAUCGCGGUGUCUCGCCUUGUGCGUGAGCUAAGUAUCGGCUAUUUUUGCUUCGGUGACGAACCUGAUGUACCACUGCCGAGUGAUGAAGAUUCUCUUCGGCUGCUUCUAUCGCAAUGCCUUGUUCUUGAAGAUUUGUGUAUUGAACGACAUGGAAACGACGACAAUUUGAUAGAGAUAGUUGUUAAGGUCCCGUCUUUGCAGCGUUUGACCUUGGAGGUGUAUCAACGUUCUUCUGGUGGGUAUGUGAUAGUUGCUCCUUCUCUGAAGUACUUCAAGUUUGUGGAUUUCAGCGAAACUUUCUCAUGUUUGAUUGAGCAUAUUCCAAAGUUGGAAGAGGCAGAUAUUAGGGUUUCUCAAGAGUUUGAGACGCUUUUGAAAUCAAUCGCAUCCGUCAAACUUCUUUCAGUGCUUGCAUUAUGCAACAAUCCAGAAGAGCCUGUGUAUAGUGAUGGUACUAUCUUCAAUCAGCUUGAACAUUUGAAGUUUGGUAUAUACAGCGACGACUGGUCGAAGUUGCUUAUCUGGUUGCUCGGAAAGGCCCCUAAACUGCGAGUCCUCAAUAUAUCUAUCGAUCAUGAUCCAGAAUUGGAGGAGUAUGAACUAGUUACGUGGAGCUCUGUUCCUGAAUGUUUGUUGAAGACUCUCGAAACUUUUGAGUUUAAUGAUUACAUGGGAACAGAAGAAGAGAGAGAUUUCUUGAGUUUCUUCUUCAAACACGCUUGUUGCUUGACGUCUACAUCAAUCAUUCAUAAUGUUUGUGAUAUGUAA